GAGUUGUAGUCAGAGACCUGCCAGACUCGGCUCCGGGAAGCUCUGGAGGUCCGAGGCUGGUCGCCGUCCUUCACGCUUGGCCAGCGGGAAGCAUGCAGCCCGCGCCCGGACCCGACGCAGCGCCGCUGGCCAGCCUGGCUUGGUCGUCGGCCUCGGCGCCGCCGCCGCGGGGAUUCAGUGCGAUCUCCUGCACCGUGGAGGGCGCGCCCGCCAGCUUCGGCAAGAGCUUCGCGCAGAAGUCGGGCUACUUCCUGUGCCUGAGCGCCCUGGGCAGCCUGGAGAACCCACAAGACAACGUGGUGGCGGACGUCGCGAUCGUAGCUGACAAGAACGCCCUGCCGCCCGGCUUCUCCGCGGUCUGCGACCCCUUAGACGCCAAGGCCUCCGUGUCCAAGAAAAAGCGCAUGUGUGUGAAGCUGGUGCCCCUGGGUGCUGCAGACAUGGUCGUGUUUGACAUCCGGCUCAGUGGGAAGACCAAGACGGUACCCGGGUACCUACGCAUAGGGGACAUGGGCGGCUUCGCCAUCUGGUGCAAGAAGGCCAAAGCCCCAAGGCCGGUGCCCAAGCCCCGCAGCCUGAGCAAGGAAGUACGUGGCCUCUCCCUGGAUGCCACCAGCCAGCCCAGCAAGAGCAGUGGCCUGGAGCGGACCCUGUCACGCCUGGGCUCCAGGGCAUCCACCCUGCGGCGGAGUGACUCCAUCUAUGAGGCCUCCAGUCUCUACGGCAUCUCUGCCAUGGAUGGGGUUCCCUUCACACUGCACCCACGAUUCGAGGGCAAGAGCUGUGGCCCCUUGGCCUUCUCUGCCUUUGGUGAGCUGACUAUCAAGUCACUGGCAGACAUCGAGGAGGAGUAUAGCUAUGGCUUCGUGGUGGAGAAGACUGCGGCUGCCCGCCUGCCGCCCAGCGUCUCAUAGGCUGGAGCAGAGUACAGCCACCCAGUCGGGCAUCAAAGCCUCACAGCCAGGGCGAAGCUGUGUGCUUUGCACAUCCCAGGAAUAAAGAACUCUGCCAUCUGGG